UCGCGGUCCCUGCGGCGGGUCAGUCUGGCUGCGGGGCGCAGGAUCGCGUGGAAGGUUGCUGCGAGCUCCAAGGCGCCGCCUCCGCCGCCCAGAGUCCGGUUCGGUGCGGCUGCUGCCGAGCGAGCUCCUCCCGCCGCCGCCGCCGCCGCCGCCGCGCCGCGUCCCCGACCGCCCGCCGCCCGCCUGCUCGCCAGCCCGCCCCUCGGGCCCCGGCGCCAAACGAGGAGGUGGGCAGCCGCGCCAGCCAUGGACCGCCAGAGCUGAAGGGCCGCCGCGGAGCCCCUGGCCCUCGCCCCUCCCCAGCCCCACGCCCGCGGUGCCCUCGCCCCUCUUCGCCCUUCGCCUAGGGAAGGCGGGGGAAAGACGGGGAUUAACUCGAAGAGAGAAAGAGGGGAGGGGGGAGCCAGUGUCUCCCCCGGGGCAAUCGCUCAUCGCCCCCGAAACCGCCGCGCAGAGCGUUCGAGGGACGACUUUUACCCAUUUUGCGCCCCCUUUUUGCCAAACCCUAAAAUGAAAGGACAAAAGUUGGCGCAGACUCUUGUAGUCCGGACGGCGACUUGUGCAUUUUCAGCGGCAUCUCCCGGAGAAAAAGCCAUGCGCGCCUGAUUGUUCUGUGGCCCCAAAGCUUCAGUGUGUGUGGGGGUGGGUGGGGGGUGGGUGUGUGUCUGUGUGUGUACACAGACGUCCACACACUCACUCGCGGCCGCAGGAUCAGCGCCUGGAAGCAGACGUUUCGGCCACAGACUUGGAGAGGAGGAGCUGGAGAUCAGGAGGCGUGAGCCGCCGGGAGUUUGCAGAAUCCGUGGUGUGAAUGAACUGGGGGCACCUGGGCGCCCGGAUCGCCCCCGCCCCCGCCCCGGGCCAGAGUUGAGUAGUGGGGCAUUUUUUUCACCCUCUUGUGAAGAAUUUUUUUUUUUUUAUUAUUUGUUGUAAAGUCUUUUGCACAAUCACGCCCACAUUUGGGGUUGGAAAGCCCUAAUUACCGCCGUCGCUGAUGGACGUUGGAGAGGGAGCGCCUCGCCGAGGAACAGUCGCCUGCACGCCCUCGCCGGACCCGCGGCUCCCUUGUUGCGCGCCGGCUCGGCUUUGCCCCUGCUGCCGGCCGGCGGGCUUCGGCGCCCCCUCGGCUCCCGGGCGCAUCCCGGCGCUGCUCCGGCUCGGGCCCUCGGACUCGGGCGCCAGUGACCGCUUCGCCACCGAUUUCCUGCUCCUGCCCGACGCGCCCAGGAGGAGCCCGAAGCUCUGCGCGGGAUCGUCCCCCCAGGCUUAACCCGGCCGCUCCGCUCGGAUUCCUCGGCUGCCCUCGCUCUGGUGGCGACUUCCUCCCCGCGGCCGCGUCCCCUCCCCCUCGCCAUGAAGAAGUCGAUUGGAAUAUUAAACCCAGGAGUUGCUUUGGGGACGGCUGGAAGUGCAAUGUCUUCCAAGUUCUUCCUAAUGGCUUUGGCCAUAUUUUUCUCCUUCGCCCAGGUUGUAAUAGAAGCCAAUUCUUGGUGGUCGCUAGGUAUGAAUAACCCUGUUCAGAUGUCAGAAGUAUAUAUCAUAGGAGCACAGCCUCUCUGCAGCCAGCUGGCAGGACUUUCUCAAGGACAGAAGAAACUGUGCCACUUGUACCAAGACCACAUGCAGUACAUCGGAGAAGGCGCGAAGACGGGCAUCAAGGAGUGCCAGUAUCAGUUCCGGCAUCGGCGUUGGAACUGCAGCACCGUGGACAACACCUCUGUGUUCGGCCGGGUCAUGCAGAUAGGCAGCCGCGAGACGGCCUUCACGUACGCGGUGAGCGCCGCGGGGGUGGUGAACGCCAUGAGCCGCGCGUGCCGCGAGGGCGAGCUGUCCACCUGCGGCUGCAGCCGCGCCGCGCGCCCCAAGGACCUGCCGCGGGACUGGCUGUGGGGCGGCUGCGGGGACAACAUCGACUACGGCUACCGCUUCGCCAAGGAGUUCGUGGACGCGCGCGAGCGGGAGCGCAUCCACGCCAAGGGCUCGUACGAGAGCGCGCGCAUCCUCAUGAACUUGCACAACAACGAGGCCGGCCGCAGGACGGUGUACAACCUGGCCGAUGUGGCCUGCAAGUGCCACGGGGUGUCGGGCUCCUGCAGCCUCAAGACGUGCUGGCUGCAGCUGGCUGACUUCCGGAAGGUGGGCGACGCCCUGAAGGAGAAGUACGACAGCGCGGCGGCCAUGCGGCUCAACAGCCGGGGCAAGCUGGUGCAGGUCAACAGCCGCUUCAACUCGCCCACCACGCAGGACCUGGUCUACAUCGACCCCAGCCCUGACUACUGCGUGCGCAAUGAGAGCACGGGCUCGCUGGGCACGCAGGGCCGCCUGUGCAACAAGACGUCGGAGGGCAUGGACGGCUGCGAGCUCAUGUGCUGCGGCCGCGGCUACGACCAGUUCAAGACCGUGCAGACGGAGCGCUGCCACUGCAAGUUCCACUGGUGCUGCUACGUCAAGUGCAAGAAGUGCACGGAGAUCGUGGACCAGUUCGUGUGCAAAUAGCGGGUGCCCGCUGCCCGCGCCUCACCCAGCCCCGCUCCCAGACCCACUUAUUUAUAGAACGUACAGUGAUUCUGGUUUCUCUUUUAAUAUUGUUUUAUUCCCCUCCUCCCCCCAGCAUUGCAACCGGAAGCAUUUUUUUUUCUGUUCCCAUCU